CUCGUGAAAACAUGGCGACUCAAGCUAAAAUUCAGAAGACUGAGACAAAAAAUAAUCAUGAUAAUUCAGAGGACUUAGGCAUGGACCGGGAACAGAAAAAAGAAGCUGCCUCAAAGAUAGAAUCAGUUCAACAUGAAAUCGACAAUUUAAAUGAGAAAGCUAGUGAAGAAAUCCUCAAAGUCGAACAGAAAUACAACAAAUUACGGCAGCCCCAUUUCCAGAAACGGUCAGAACUCAUCGCUAAUAUUCCAAACUUCUGGGUGACAGCAUUUAUAAACCAUCCACAAGUGUCAGCCCUGUUGAAUGAGGAGGACGAGGAUGCCUUACAACAUCUCACAAAGGUCGAGGUACAAGAGUUUGAGGAUAUCAAGUCAGGUUACAGAAUAAACUUUUACUUUGACAAAAAUCCCUUCUUUGAGAAUGAUGUUAUAAGUAAAGAAUUCCAGCUGACUGACGCAGGGGAACCAUCAUCAAAAUCAACACCCAUCAAAUGGUUAGCGGGACAGGAUCUAACAAAGCGGUCGCAGCAGACGAAGGACGGCAAGAAGCGAGUGCACGAAGAACAAGAGUCAUUCUUCUGUUGGUUUACGGACCACGCGGACGCAGGCGCCGACGAGCUGGGGGAGGUGAUCAAGGACGACAUCUGGCCGAACCCACUACAGUAUUAUCUCGCCGCUGAGAUCGAAGACACAGCUGAUGAUGAUGAAUUAGAAGAGGGCCUAGAUGAGGAUGAGGAAGACUUUGGAGAGGAGGAGGAGGAGGAAAUCGAUGAUGAAGAAGAAGAGGAGGAUGAAGAUGAAGAGGCAGUCGAAGAGGACGAGGAUGCAUAGAUCAUCAAAUAUAUGACAUUUUGUAAUUUUGUAUCCAGGCAAAGAUCAUGGUCAACAACGUCAAGUGCCUCGCAAACGAGCAAUUGAAAUCGCUCCGACCUGCCAUAAUUGCUGCAAUGUGCAACAAAAAAAUCUCUCAUCUGGGGCUAAAACUGGCAAUCAUCGAGUUCAAUGUUGAUCGCAUUUCAGUGCGAUUACGGAUUCUUUUCGUUGACACCUGCGAUGACCACCGCAGACAGGCAACUUUUGUUGCAUGCAGUUCUGAUCGCAAGUCGCAGCGCGUUGAAUCGCUUGUUUACGGGCACUUUACACACACAUUCCUAGAAAAUAGCAGCAUAUGUGUGUUCUCUUCAGGAUUAACUCCAUGGUGGGCCGGCGGUCUAUGGUUUCCACGACGGAAUUCUUGGCGAGUGCUUCUCGUGGAAAACAAAACUUUGGCCUGCCCUGUUUUCAUAAUAAAGGUCAACACUAUAACCAUGUCUGCCCAUCGCGAUUAAGUUUCCCCCAGGCGCCAUUUAGCUUUCUGUCAAAAAAAGGCCUCACUAAGUCUGUCUUUAAACCUGAGCCAUGACUUCGAAUGGAGGCUGUGCUGAGAUCACUUUGAAGUCACUGCUUGCACACCAUAGGGCGAGGUUCUUGUAGUGCAUCAGGUAGUGCAUUUUGCGUUCAUGCAAUUGAGAAACGAGUCAUCUCUGGUUGGAUCUACACGCAGCCCAGUUUUAAGUUCUCCACCUGAAAGCUUUUUUGGAAAAUUGCUCGAGUCUUCUAAGAAUUAAAGCUGUAAAUUUUCUCAGUUACACAUGCAUUUUGUUGUCUGUCGAUUUCAUAACAUGGCUGGACAAGAUCCAAUGGUUUUGGUAUUUUAAUGAAUUGUUUCUGCUGAAGAGGUCGCUGCUUUCUCGAGGAACAACUGUUGAUCUGGCUGGUUUCACUGCUCUCAUGUUGUGCAAUCUUCCAGUGAACUCUAAAAGUUACAAAAUAAUGCCAGGGACUUUCAAUUACAUGAAAUAAAUGACAAAACUAGUUGCGUUUAUGCCUGCAUUUGUUUCUUGACAUCAAUUGUCAUAUAAUUGGAAGCCCUGAAUGUGCACUUGAAUCAAGGUAGCCAGACAUUGUUGACAGCUGACAAAUCUUAAAGUAGUCUUUUCCCUGCCCUCCGGUUGUGACCUUAUCCUUGUAAAACGAUUGAGAUCAAUUGAAAGUAUCAUCAAACACCACCCCUCUCCACUGAUGCAGUUGUUAUAAAGUUGGGCAACACCGAAUUAGUGUGCAUCAUUUCUUGGGAACAGAUUGGCAGAAUCUCAAACCAUCAGCUUGAGUGGUCAUGUGUUUCAGGUAUCAUCCUGAACUUCAGGAUAUCGCGGCCUGCUGUUCGCUUCUACCAAGCUCUUGACAACGUCUGGCCACCCCCACUCAUUUCACCUCAUCCUGUACAUUUCAUUUCAUGCUCUGGUAUAUAUAAACUGUGUAAUGGUUGGUUUAAGAUUAUUCAUGAUAUAAGUCUGGUAGCUUUAUUGUCAAGUUUUAUGUCAUAAUUUUUGUAGGAUCGUCAUCGGCAAAAUGUUGGGGAUGGUGGACAAACCUUUGGCUCUUGGUCACCAUUUGGUCUGUCCCAGUGGUCUGAAAUCAAAGUAUCAUCAUCGUAUUAGUAUGUUCAGCAACUAGACCAUCUCGGGAACUUGAUUGAUUUAAAAAAACAUUUCCUGGUGAUACACUGAAGACCAUCUUAGACACAACUUGUCCACUGUCCCCAACAUUAUCAUUUAUACCAGUAGAAAAUAGUAAUAAUUGUGUAGAUAUCAAGUAUUGCCCUCUAUCCACUGACUGGUGUACUAAACUGAAGAUCUGUUUCUUGACUAUUGUGGUUUUUGUGCCGUUUACGUUCAAUGUUUUAAAAAUUCUCGCGUUGACUUUCCAAUCCUAUUUUCCUUGUCUGAAGAGUUCUGGUGCACUGCCACCUGGUGGCAGUGUGUUGUACUAAUUCUGUGCUCAGUUUGUUUUCAAACCUGACCAAGAGUACCGCACACUUUAAGCAACUAAAUGUAACGGCAACUGUCGAGCGAAAAAGACCCCAGAUUCGACUGACCAUGCUCUGGCGCUCUGACUUUCGCUCUUGAUUUUAUCACCCGUGUAUUCCGAACUUGACACGAUGUGCUGACAUGUUUUUUUUCGUCUCUUCUACUGCCAUGUACAUAACUGCCACCUUUAGUUCAAGUCUGGAAACAUAUCAUAGAUGAAAUGUUAGUGUUAAGACCGUUGUUUUUAAAAUGCCCGAAAGUGCGUCAACCUCAGUUGGCGACGGGGAUGCGAGGCAAAACUGUUUUCUAUUCUGCAAUAAUCAUGAUUGCGUGGUUGUUUUGGAAACUGUUUGAAUUAAAUUUUCAGUUUCAUCUGAGAAGUGAACAAAAGAAUCUGAACUUUGUCUUCAGUUGCGUAAACUUGUAGAAAAAGAAUAAAACAGUCCAUCAAAAUUUUAAAA